UUGCAACAGUCACAAUAUUUUGGCUGGAUAUUGUCUUAGGAGGUGGUACUAGUGGGGUGGAAUUCCCUCAUGCAGGAGUUUGCACUGGAUGCCUUUACAAAGCUGGAUACUCUGGUAAUAAUAAUAAUAAAAAGCCCCUACCCAGUGGAUGGGGACGGAGUCUACGGAUUGAGACCAGGAUUUAUUAAUGUGCAAAUUGCUCUGAUAUGAUCACAUACUUUCUGCUUUGCAUACGCAGGGAGCAGCGUGGGCUGAUGGAGUAGGAACUAGCCUGAGCGAUCUUUACGAGCUGAGAUCCUGCACAUCGCAGAAGGGUUUGUUUCUCUGUGCAAAACCUGGGACCCUGUUAGAAACCUGCUUUAAAAAACAAGUGACCAAAAUAUCCAAAUGCACCAGACUUCGCCAUGAACUCGCCAUGAAUAUAUUUUUCAUUUUUUUUGACAGAAACGUGUGUGUAACUUUCUCUGGAGGAACUGAGGAAUUUUGUAGUUGUUCUUAUAGUAUUUUAAAUCUGAGCACCCAGUAGAGUCUUUUCUGCAGUGAUGAGGGAGUGACAAGUUGAAGUUCCUGCCAGCGUACCUGGAAACUGUGACCAGCUAACACCCACUGCCGAGCCCCCAAUGGGACUAGGGCUGCGCUCCUGCACUCCUGACAGGGAUGAAGGUAGAGCCAUGUUACCUGCUACCUAAGCUCGUUGGUGCUGCUGUAGUUUGUGGAUAUGGUCCCAGACCUGGCUCUGUGCACAGACUCUCAGCUCUGAUCCCACCCAAGAGGAUUUAGCGGCAGCAGAGACCCCAGCUGUGGAGCACACUCCCCCAAACACCCCGUGACGGAGGGGCUGCAGCGCUGGAGAGUUACUAUGCAGCUUGGACUGCUUGUGGUGGUGGUUUUUCUAAGCUCGAUGGAUCUAACAGGCAGCAGCAAAGUGGUGAAGGGCAAGAGGCAAAGACGAAUCAGCACCGAGCUGAGUCAGGGCUGUGCCAGAGGCUGUGACCUGUGCUCUGAGUUCAAUGGGUGCCUGAGGUGCUCCCCCAAACUCUUCAUCCUUCUGGAGCGGAACGAUAUCCGGCAGAUUGGGAUUUGCCUGCCUUCUUGUCCACUGGGAUACUUUGGCCUUCGCAAUACGGACAUGAACAAGUGCAUCAAAUGCAAAAUUGAGAACUGUGAGUCCUGUUUCAGUCGAAACUUUUGCACAAAAUGUAAGGAAGGUUUGUAUUUGCACAAAGGGAGAUGUUACAUCACAUGCCCCGAAGGCUAUGCUGCUGCCAACGGCACCAUGGAGUGCAGCAGUCCUGCACAAUGUGAAAUGAGCGAGUGGGGGCCGUGGGGGCCCUGCUCCAAGAAAAGGAAGCUCUGUGGCUUCAAGAAGGGCAACGAAGACCGAACACGGCGGAUUCUGCAGGCUCCCUCUGGGGACGUGUCUCUGUGUCCUCCAACCACAGAGGUGCGGCGAUGCACGGUGCAGAAGAACCAGUGCCCCGAAGGGAAAAGGAAGAAAAAGGAAGAACAAGGAAAGCAAGAUAAUGGGAAUAGAAAUCGGAAAGACACCAAAGGCACUAAGUCUGGCACCAAGAAGAGGAAGAACAAACAGAGAGGGGCCACGGUGCCUGCGACGCUCGCUAGCCCUGCCCAGUAGCUGGCCCUGUGCAUCACCUGAUGGCAAGACUCCAUUGCUGCUAUGUAUAUGAAAGCUUUAUUGAACAGAGCACUGCUACACCAUGUACACGUGUCCAGAGACAGACAUAUACUCCAGACUGACCCAGAGGCCACACACACAGUACUUAUGGAGGCUGCACACACCCCCCGCCCAGGACUGUGGAAGAAUGCCGCUGAGGAGUGGGAGCACACAUGGAGGCAAAGCCCAUGGCCCCAGGGCUCUGUGGGGACACUGCAGGGAGGAGAGGUGGAGCAUAAAUCAGUGAAGGACCCAGACGUCGGACUGAUUUCAUGAUCGAAGGCCUCAACUGGAGCCCAAGCACGUGGUCCCAGCACAGCCCCACUCAGCCAGGGGAUGAGACUGAACCCACAUGGCCACUCUCCCUGACCUGGGACCCUGACACACACAGCAGUGGCCUCUUUCUCUUCCCUCACCCCUUAUUUUGUGUUUUAAGCUGUAUGACUUUAUCAUUGCGAAUACAUGUUAAAAGUUUGUGGUAAGAGGUCAGUGGUAUCUGCCCUGAAUCUGCUUCAAAGAAUUAUUUCAAAUUAAAAAAAGAAAAACAAAAUCAAAAUGACAACCAGCUUCCUGAGUGUGUGGUUCAUACCUUGGCCCCUAUGGAGGCUGGUGUCCCACAGGACAGAGACUCACUUGUGGAAGGGAAACUCACCAAAGC